GAACGGCGGUGACGAUUUGAUGGAGGUUCGUUCGUAGUUUAGAAAAUGGCGUCGGCUGAUUACAUUACUGAAGUUGAAAUACAGCCGGACAUUCAAGAGAUUGAAAUUGAGUCUAUUCCUGUUGAAAUACCGUGUGAAACUGUAGAAACAACGAUUGAAUGUGUUGAUGGUUCUCCUAUGAUAGCCUUACAACAACUUCCUGAUCCGGGGAGAGAUGAAAUUAUUUUACAGACGCAAGAGGAGAUAGUAGGAGCCAACGAUCCUUUAUCAGUGUACGACCAAAUUCCAGUACCAUCAGAAAACGAUCUCUACGCAGAUUCAAGCCCAGGACCUUCUAGAAGAGGACAUCGCAAGCCAAAAAAAAGUGGUAAAUUCCGUGGUAACGAGCAGUACUUGAGUGAAAUGACGGAUACCAAAACUCGUAAGUGGGAACAAAAGCAAGUGCAAAUCAGGACUUUGGAAGGUGAAUUUUCAGUGACAAUGUGGGCUUCGGGAACUGAUGAUGAUGAGGGCAGUAACCCAGAACUAGAAACAGAGUACGAUGAUGAAUACAUUCACGAAAGAAAAAUUCCACCGGAAGGAAUACCAGGACUCGAUCUUAGUGAUCCGAAACAACUAGCUGAAUUCGCAAGACCCGGUCAUAAAAUGAAGAUGAAGAAACAGAUGAACGAAGGAAUAGAUCGAACAAUAGCUUGCCCGCACAAGGGAUGUACGAAAAUGUUCAGGGACAAUUCGGCGAUGCGCAAACAUCUACACACGCACGGACCGCGCGUACAUGUGUGUGCCGAAUGUGGCAAGGCGUUCGUCGAGAGUUCCAAACUCAAGCGGCAUCAACUUGUCCAUACCGGCGAAAAACCCUUCCAGUGUACAUUCGAAGGCUGUGGGAAGAGGUUUUCGCUGGACUUCAACCUGCGCACACACGUCAGAAUCCACACGGGAGAUCGGCCCUACGUCUGCCCGUUCGACGGCUGCAACAAGAAAUUCGCGCAAUCAACCAACCUUAAAUCUCACAUACUCACACACGCAAAAGCCAAACCGCGAAACCCGAUGGGCAGAGCGUCAAUGUCGAUGCUUCAUGCUGACGAUGCCCCGCAGUACGUGCAGGUCGAGGUGGCCGAUGUCGAGCACCAGCAGUUCAUCGUUUACGCCGAUUGAUGCAGUCAUAGUGUGUCGUCGAGCAUCAGAAGUUCAUCGUUUACGCUGAUUAAGGCAGUCAAAGUGUGUCGUUUGCUUACACCGGACAGACAAUUUAUCACUAUAUAUGCUCGUAAAAUAGUGUUUCGGAUGAUUUGGUCUGCUGCAACUGUCAGUGAAGCACCGUAUCUACAUAAGUUAUUCGUUAUUUGAGAAACGAUAAUACAUUUAUAGACUUUCAUUCCGAAUUGAAGGAUAUUCUGAAAUGAUGAAUUCAGACGUUCUUAGGCUGGCCACUAACGGUAGGACAUGUGUAUAAAGUGCAUGCAUGUUUAUUAUGCACACACAUGUCAAUCAUGCAUAAUUUGUCAUCAGCGAGAGGCUUAUAAUAUAAAAUAAACAACCAAUAACAACAACAGUAAAUAGUUCACUGCAAAUAAAUACAAUAAAAUUAAUGUGUGGUUACAUACAAUAAAAUUACUGUUUAUAAUGACAGAAACACAAAAAUAAUUGGAACUCAAAUAGAGUAGUGAAUAAAAAAAUAACAAAAAACUCGAAGAUACAAUAAACUAAACUUGAAAUAUUUUGUUGGAAGCCUUUUACUGUUAUGACCCAACAGUGACGCCAUUUAUGUACACACAUGUUUAUGAAGUAUGUCCUGUCGUUAGUGGCCAGCCUUAGUCAGGAUAAUUCUCAAUUUAUGUGAUAUGCAAUCUCCAAUUUCAAUUACAUUUGAAACUUGAGAAUUAUAUUAUUUAGGUAUAUCUCAUUUUUGUUCCGUUACCUUUUUUGAAGUAGAAAAUCAUUAAUAACACGCCAUAAUUAUUAUUGAUGUGUAGUAAUGUUUUAAAAGUAAUUUGUUCUUCAUAUGAGUGUAGCCAAGUAAAUUACUGAAUCUAGCUGUGUGUUCAUUUCUAGUUUCUAAUUAUUUUAAUGCUUCUAUUGACCUGAAUUGAGUUAGGCAGUAAACACGAGCGUCCCCUCCCGCUGCAAACACUAUAACGUUUGAAAUUUGGUAAAUUAUAGUGAUAGUAUGACAUCAACAAUAAUGGAAUUAUCUGGAAAAUCAAAGAGUACAUAAUGUGAACUUCAUUAUAAGUUAAUGAAAACGUUCAAAAAUUGUUCAACAAUAUUAGUAUUAUUCAGCAAGACGAUUUGUAGUAAAGAUAGGAGUAUGUUGUUUGUUUAAAAAGAUUAAGUUCAGACCAAUAAUUACAGCCUGGAAUAACGGAUAAAUUUAAUCUCGGUGAACCAUCCGCAAUCACCUAAUAAAAUUUAGUAUUUUUUGUUAAGUUAUUGUAGAAAUAUCUACUUCUAGGUAUUAUGAUGGCUUAUAAUUUUCUUUUUUUUUUGUCUAUUACAGUAUAGAUUCUGUUCUCUUUCAUCCUAGUAAUCUUAAUACUUUGGUUGGAAAAACCAGAUAGACUGUGUCAAGGAAUCAUUGUGUAUCUCCCAUUGAACAUCAAUCUGUCAUUGAUGAGUUUAUGAGAAACUCAAUGCUGGAUAUCCUUGUUUUUUAUUAUUUGAUACAAUAAUAAAUUAUGAUGGAAGUAUGACUGGUCUGUGGCUGAAAGCGCUUGCCGGGUUAUCGUGAGCUCAAGUCUAAUGAAUACAGGACUUCUGCUUCAUAAAUACGUAUUAAAAUAACCGGUACUAAAUACCUGAUUGAAUGAUUGCAACAGUUUAACAGCUGAGUCAUAAUUUUGUCUCCCCCCACACAUUUGCACUCGCUCACUCACUUCCAUUAUCGACAGACGACGAAAUUAUCAGCUGUUUUUCCAAGGAUGAAUAAUAUUAUCCUUUUCAUGACCUUAGCGAGUUUUCCCAGGAAUGAGACCUAGUGCAAUUGAAUUUUUAUAUCAUGAUCCUACUGUUCCGAAUUUCGUAAAAAUCGUUAGAGCCGUUUUCGAGAUCUGUUGGAAAUACAUAAAUAAAUACAGAAAUUGCUCGCUUAAUAUAAUAGGAUUGAAUCAUUUUCCAGCUGCAGCUAGUCAGUAAACCGUACACAAUAGAACAAAUAAAAUUGAAAAACUAUACACAUCUGUGAAAACUUGACUUGAAAAUGAAUUCAAAUUGUAAUUGAUAUUACUAGGUAAUAUUCGGGUUGAGUUGUGAAAAUUAAUCAAUUAGUUAUUGUAAUAAUAUUGUCAUCAUCAAAAACUGAACUGCAUUGAAAUAGUUGGAAAUGAAUAUUGUUUGAAUAAUUUAUUUGUUGAUAAUAUAUUGAUCAUACUCAUAAAUCAUUAUACACCCACACAACAUUACCAUUCUAAAAACUUUUCUAAUUCUAGAGCUUACACUUCUGUCAUUUCAUUUGUCAUUAUUUAUAUACUAGCAUGGUUGGAGACAUGGAUGUUAUGCCAUUAUUUAAAAACCUUUUUGUAUAAUAUCGUUUCUGUGUGAAUGCGUAAUUUAAAGUAAUUCUAUUCUUAUCUCCAUGUUUACGAUCAUGAAUAAGAUUGUAUCUUUAGGAAUCAAAAGUUGUAAGUUUAUUUUUAAGGAAAAUAAAGAUAUAUUUAUUUAAGUGUA